CGCAGGCGCGGAGACGCCAUUUCCAGUUGGGGGCGCCGGAUGCCAGGCUCCCGUUAACCCGUGAGGCGCCGGAGGGGGCGGAGAGUGAAAAGGUGCGCAGCGGAGCGAGCGAGCGAGCGGCCAGAGAGUGUAUGGCGCUACCUGAAUAUUGGGAUAACAUUUUUCUCUUGUGUUGGAACACAUACAAACAGUAAAGGGUAAACCCGAUAAAGAUUUCUUUCGCCUGCCUUGUGAAAUCCUAUAAUAUUCAAGCUGGCGAUGUCAAGGGUACCAAGUCCGCCACCUCCGGCUGAAAUGUCAAGUGGACCUGUAGCUGAAAGCUGGUGUUAUACACAGAUAAAAGUGGUGAAGUUCUCCUACAUGUGGACCAUCAACAACUUCAGUUUCUGCCGCGAAGAAAUGGGAGAAGUUAUCAAGAGCUCAACCUUCUCAUCUGGAGCCAAUGAUAAAUUAAAGUGGUGCCUUCGAGUGAACCCUAAGGGUUUAGAUGAGGAAAGUAAAGAUUACCUAUCACUCUACCUGCUGCUAGUCAGCUGCCCAAAAAGUGAAGUCAGAGCAAAAUUUAAAUUCUCCAUUCUGAACGCAAAAGGUGAAGAAACUAAGGCGAUGGAGAGCCAGCGAGCAUAUCGAUUUGUACAAGGGAAGGACUGGGGAUUCAAGAAGUUUAUUCGAAGGGAUUUUCUGCUUGAUGAGGCCAAUGGCCUUCUUCCUGACGACAAACUCACAUUGUUCUGUGAAGUUAGUGUGGUCCAGGACUCGGUGAAUAUCUCCGGCCAGAACACCAUGAACAUGGUGAAAGUUCCCGAAUGUCGGCUGGCAGAUGAACUUGGAGGCUUGUGGGAGAACUCCAGGUUUACAGACUGUUGCCUUUGUGUAGCAGGGAAGGAAUUUCAAGCACACAAAGCAAUCUUAGCAGCACGUUCCCCAGUCUUCAGUGCCAUGUUUGAGCAUGAAAUGGAAGAAAGCAAAAAGAAUCGAGUGGAAAUCAAUGAUGUGGAGCCCGAAGUUUUUAAGGAGAUGAUGUUCUUCAUCUAUACAGGAAAGGCUCCAAAUCUUGACAAAAUGGCAGAUGACUUACUUGCAGCUGCUGACAAGUAUGCUUUGGAGCGCUUGAAGGUGAUGUGCGAGGAUGCUCUAUGUAGCAAUCUUUCUGUGGAAAAUGCAGCAGAAAUUCUAAUCCUGGCAGAUCUACACAGUGCGGAUCAACUCAAAACACAAGCGGUAGACUUCAUUAACUAUCACGCAUCUGACGUAAUGGAGACUUCUGGCUGGAAAUCUAUGGUGCUCUCUCACCCUCACCUGGUGGCUGAAGCGUACAGAUCCCUGGCAUCAGCCCAGUGCCCCUUCCUCGGUCCUCCCCGCAAGCGGCUCAAGCAGUCCUAGAUCGGCCGACGUCCAGCAAACUGCGCAUUUUAUUUUUAACAGCACUGACCUGAUCACCAACGUUGCACAAGGCAAUUUAUGAAGCUUUCUGACGCGCCUCCACUGUGGGGAAAGACCGUGCUUGGUGCGCUAACGACCUUUCUGCACUAAGCACUUUGGGGAGAAAAAAAAACACAACUUUUUUGCCGCAUUGUCUCAUGCCCCC